UUCCGCUAAGGUUUUUUCUUCUUGGUUUUUUUAUUAUUGUUAAUAAUAAUAAUGAAUAUCGGAUCUUUUUGAUGAUGUUUGGUUUUUGAUUUGCAUAUGUUGGUUAUGAAUCUCUUUGCUUUAGUGGCGAUAAAUCAACAUUCAAUGAUGUCGUGUAAAGAUGAGGUGAUGAGUUUGAUAUUUUGUUUCUUAGAAUUUGUGCUUUGAGCAUUUUUAGUUUUCCAUGGGAAAAGGAAUUUGGGGCGAAUAAUAUGUGUACCUGAAACCAGAUCAACUUUCUGUUUAUUCUUACACUGGCGAUCAAAAUUCUUGCUUUUUCUAAUUUUUGGGUUCAUCAUUUACUGCCUUCAGCAGUUGCAUGACUUACUAUAUUUUUCUUUUCCCAAUUCUUAAUUUUUUUUGUUUGUUUCCUGCAUUUGCUGCCUUCAACAAUAGCAUGACUUAUUCUAUUUUUCUUUUCCCAAUUCAUAAUUAUUUUUUGUUUCCUCGUUAAUGCAUGAUGCAGUUUCUUUUCAACCAAAUUAUGGUAAGAAAUUUACGAAUAUCAAUCCAUAUUAUUUCCAAGAUUUAGUUUUUUCCUUCUUCAGAACAUAAAUAUGGCUACCAUAAAUUGAUAUUAUUUCCAAUAAAUCGUCUUCUAUUUAUGGAAUUUUCGGGCUUGGUCGAAUUCUAUAUAAAGCACUCGCACAAAGAUGAUGGUGAUAUAUCCUCACAGCGAAGGAUGAAGCGAUGAACUUUUAUCUUUCAUAGUUCACAGUUUUUCCUUAAACGUCUUCUAUCACGCAACCGUAGUUUUUUUUUAUUCCUUUAUUCCUUUUAUUGUGUAGUAUUUUUGUUCCUUUUAAUUUAUAUUUGGUUUUGUUUUGCAGUUGAUCGUAAUCGUUCCUCAUAGUCAAUACUGAAACAAUAAAAUUAAAUUUGCACGUUUACUUUCAUACGAGUGUAUAGGUGAGGUAAUGAGCGUAUUUUUUUUAUGGUUAUCUUUGUUUCAUAUCUUAAUUGCUACCGUUCCUAUGAUUUUUUCCCUUUUAUGAUUUUGCGCCUAUGUUUUUGUCCCUACUGCUUCACUUUUGUGAUAUGUGAUCGAAGCAAUUCAAGGAUGAAUGAGAUACAAAAUGAUGAAUGAGUUUCAAAAUUAUUUUUCAUUCCAUAAAAAAAAGAUUCUCAUUCUUAAAUGUGUAGAAAAUGCUCAAUAUAUCUCAAUUGUGUACAAAAGCAAACACAAAAAAUAAAAUAAAAAAUAUUAAUUAUAUUACUGGACGUGAAAAUAGAUAUUUAACAUUUUUGUACAAAAUAUAUUUUUUGGAUUGUUAAAUAAGGGAUUAAUUAGACAAAAGAUUGCAACAAAUAACAUAGUUAUCGGAAAAUAUUCUGCUAUCCAAAAAUAUACUAAAAACUGUAAGAAAUUUAUUAUAUUAUUUCCAAAACUAAGUUAAUGAAUUUUGCAGGCUUUGGUCUAUAUAAAGCACUCAAGAAUAGGACAAGACAUUAUUUGCACGUCACUUUUUCUUCUACGGUACGUUCAAAAGUGUUUCAUGGGAAACUCGAAAGUGUUUAUGGGAAUCCUGAUCAAUUUCCGCAAGAGGUAUGCUCAAGCUUUUCAUGGGAAGCUCGAAAGUACUAUGGGAAUCCUGAUAAAUUUCCGCAAGGAUUUGGAUUAUUUGUGUUUUGUUGGUUUAGGAGCAGGAGAUUGUCAAGAAGGUUUUUAAGAUCAAGAAACAGAAGGAGAAUGUUGGAAAUAGAUAGAUUUGUAAAAAAAAAUUGGGUUAUAUUAGAUGAAGGAAAUUUUGACUUUCAAGUAGAUAACAAAUGUGUGUUUUCAUGUUGUUGGUUUGGUUCGACUAAAUCGUUUCUUUUGCGUAAAGGUUAAUUUAGGUUCAUUGUGUUUAUGAAGACCCUGAAUUUGUAUGGGGUGGCAUCCAAGGGUUCGACAAAGGGGUCUAAUAAGUGAUAUGGCGUAGGAGUUCAUCACGGUUACAUUAUACGUUGAGUUUCUUUGGUUUUUCUUAGGCUUUAGUCAGUUCACUGAUAUAAACUCUUUCAUGUUUGUCGACUGCAUUAUAAGUUCUUGGCUUAUCUGCAUUCGUAUCAAAUACCAAUAUUUGUAAGGAUUGCACUCGAAUCCCAGUCGAUUUAAAGACGAAAUAUUAUAGGUGA